AUGCUCCGUUAUCGGCAAAGAUUGUUGAAUAUUUACUAUUCUAGUCCGUUUGCAAAGUCGCUGGAAUCGGGCGCCUCUCAAACUCAUAAAUCAAAACUUCAAGGCAUCUUAAGUAUACAUGUAAGUAAGCCUUAAUUGAAGGUUCAUUUGAAGGAAUUGACUAAUCCCUUGGUACCAUUGGUUUCCAUUCUUGGACCCCUGAUAACGCCUCAUUCUCCUCACUGUUCAUUCGACUAA